AUGGACUCGUUUUCCGUCGGGCUUGACAUUUCACUUCUCGUGUCUCUACUUUCUCGUUCGGGUCGUGGUUGUCACUCAGGCCCCUGGUUCGCAGGUAACAUCAAAGAUGAAACGACAGUGAAGAAUUAUGGCCGAACUGUGUACCGAGGUGGAAGUAGUAUCUAUGAAGAGAUUAGGAAGGCAGGAUUAGGAUAUACGAACCACACCCGGUGCUACCAUUUGAGAGCUUAUGAUGGGAAGUGCUCCCUCAUCGUACAACCAAGAGCUCGACAGUCUCGACGGCCGGUGGAAGACUUCUCACCUGCAUCUCUUGUAUCCCCACUUGAUUUGGCUUAA